CGUCGAUGCCGCGAUGCUUUGCCGUGUGUGGCUACUGGCUCGCGAGCACAAAACAAACAGCUCCUGUCUCCGCCCACAUUAAAAACUAUUAUAUUUGCUAUAACACGUCUGAGGGAGUGGGACAUGAAACAUACAGAUUUUUUGCUUAAAAAUAGCAAUGUAUUAGACGCUUGAAUCUUUUAAACGGGCCUUUUUAUUCAGAUAUCCGUGCGCGUGACUCCAAUCACAGGGAAAGUGUGCCGUGCUAACUCUUGUUAGCCGCUUUAUUCAUGUAUUAUUUUUCACAUCGGAGAGGCGGGGAAUCCAAAGCCUAAGCCGUCAAAAAACGAGACUUGGAUGCAUUCAAUAAACACCACCGUUUCAUUUCAUAGCCGCCUUAACUCGGGAUUCAAACCUUUUGGAGACAACAGCAAGAAGCGAUCGAGAAAUUACAUGGAUUAUCUGUGUUUCAGGACGUUGUGCUGUAAAGGACCUCCUCCUCCCAGGCCAGAGUAUGACGUGGUUUGCAUAGGUCUGACAGGCUCUGGGAAGACCAGUCUGCUCUCCAGACUUUGCAGUGAGGCAACGGACAACAUUGUUCCUACAACAGGUUUUAGCAUUAAAGCCGUGCCAUUCCAGAACGCCAUUUUAAACGUGAAGGAACUCGGAGGAGCGGACUCAAUUAAGAAGUACUGGAGUCGGUAUUACCAGGGUUCACAGGGAGUGGUUUUCAUGUUGGACAGCGCUUCGUCUGAGGAGGACAUGGAGGUGGCGCGUACGGAGCUUCACUCAGCCCUGCAGCAUCCUCAGCUCUGCACGCUUCCGUUCCUCAUACUGGCCAACCACCAGGACAAACCUGCCGCCCGCUCUGUACAUGAGAUAAAGAAAUAUUUUGAGCUGGAGCCACUGGCACGAGGUAAGAGCUGGAUACUGGAGGGCAGCACUGUGGAGAACAUGGACGCAGUAAAGGAAAGCUUCAUUCAGCUCAUUCAUCUGCUGGAAGACAAGGACCAGGAGACGGGCAGGAUAUGACCCAGGGAAAACAUUAUCCCGUUAUCCCUCAGACACUACAGAUCGCCACCGCACCACUGGCCAGUACAGCCCAGUUUAGCAUGGCCGUUGUGUAACCUACAUUGUUACCCUAACUGUUACUGUGGUGUAACAAAUUCAGCCAUGAAAAAAUGGACUUUGCGACUACUCUCCUUAUCUGUAAGGAUGCAUAUCUGCGAAGAAAGAAGGGUACCUUCUCUCAGACCACACACGUAUUAGCCGAGAACAAGAAUUCAACACUUAUGUCAGUAAAUAUGGUUAUCUAUCCUCUCUUUAAAUACAGAUCUAGUUGCACAUUGCUACUAAAUAGAUAAUGUAAUCAUGCUUGGUCACGUAGGGCAACUGGAAGUCAUGUUUUCAUAGUGCGUAAAUUGUGUGUUCUUGUGUGAAUGUAUGAACGAGUGUUUGCGAGCGAGAGUCAUGUCAGUUUGUACUUAAAAGCCUUAAGGUGCGUGCUAAUGUAUUUUUAAAGCGUCUUUAGAUGUUAUUAAAAUAGGCAGUCUUAAUUAUCUGUCGCUGUGAUGUAAAAAGUUAUGAAUGAUUGAAAAUCAUGAAAUAAUAAACUUUCUUCUCCUUUCAUGUAAUCCCGAAACUGCAUGGAGCUGUACUCGAUGUAGCCUUCUAUUGGAGCGGCAGGUGCUCUGUUUCAAAAUUUAGUGAGCUGCCUACCCGGAUAACAUUUUAAGGUAUCGUAGCUGCACGUCAGACACAGAGAAGGCCACAUAAUUAACCUUGGCACAUUUCGGUAAUGAAAAGAGCAAUGCCACGCAUUGCAAUGGGCACAGUGAUGGCGGAUGCAUCAAGAGAAAUGU